CCCCGCGCGCCGCCCCCGCUGAGCCCGCGCCCGCCCGGGCGCCGCCCGGCACCAUGGUGCAGAAGUCUCGCAACGGCGGCGUGUACCCUGGCCCGAGCGGGGAGAAGAAGCUCAAGGUGGGCUUCGUGGGGCUGGACCCCGGCGCGCCCGACUCCACCCGAGACGGCGCGCUGCUCAUCGCCGGCUCCGAGGCCCCCAAGCGCGGCAGCAUCCUCAGUAAGCCGCGCGCGGGCGGCGCGGGCGCCGGGAAGCCCCCCAAGCGCAACGCCUUCUACCGCAAGCUGCAGAAUUUCCUCUACAACGUGUUGGAGCGGCCGCGCGGCUGGGCUUUCAUCUACCACGCCUACGUGUUCUUGCUGGUCUUCUCCUGCCUCGUGCUGUCUGUGUUCUCCACCAUCAAGGAGUACGAGAAGAGCUCGGAGGGCGCACUCUACAUCCUGGAAAUCGUGACCAUCGUGGUGUUCGGCGUGGAGUACUUCGUGCGGAUCUGGGCCGCGGGCUGCUGCUGCCGGUACCGCGGCUGGAGGGGGCGGCUCAAGUUUGCGCGGAAGCCCUUCUGUGUGAUCGACGUCAUGGUGCUCAUCGCGUCCAUCGCCGUGCUGGCCGCCGGCUCCCAGGGCAACGUCUUCGCCACGUCGGCGCUGCGCAGCCUGCGCUUCCUGCAGAUCCUGCGCAUGAUCCGGAUGGACCGGCGCGGCGGCACCUGGAAGCUGCUGGGCUCCGUGGUCUACGCGCACAGCAAGGAGCUGGUCACUGCCUGGUACAUCGGCUUCCUCUGCCUCAUCCUGGCCUCGUUUCUGGUGUACUUGGCGGAGAAGGGGGAGAACGAUCACUUUGAUACCUAUGCGGACGCGCUCUGGUGGGGCCUGAUCACCCUGACAACCAUUGGCUACGGGGACAAGUACCCCCAGACCUGGAACGGGAGGCUCCUGGCGGCAACCUUCACCCUCAUCGGCGUCUCCUUCUUCGCUCUUCCUGCUGGCAUCUUGGGGUCUGGCUUUGCCCUGAAAGUUCAAGAACAGCAUCGUCAGAAGCACUUUGAGAAGAGGCGGAACCCUGCGGCAGGCCUGAUCCAGUCUGCCUGGAGGUUCUACGCCACCAACCUGUCACGCACGGACCUGCACUCCACGUGGCAGUACUAUGAGCGCACGGUGACCGUCCCCAUGUACAGCUCGCAAACUCAAACCUACGGGGCCUCCAGACUGAUCCCGCCGCUGAACCAGUUAGAGCUGCUUCGGAACCUCAAGAGCAAAUCUGGACUCACCUUCAGGAAGGAGCCCCAGCCGGAACCAUCCCCAAGUAAAGGCAGACGGUGCACAGAGUCCCUGUGUGGAUGCUGCCCAGGACACGCUAGUCAGAAGGUCAGUUUGAAAGACCGUGUCUUCUCCAGCCCCCGCGGCGUGGCUGCCAAGGGCAAGGGGUCCCCUCAGGCCCAGACCGUCCGGCGGUCGCCCAGCGCCGACCAGAGCCUGGAGGACAGCCCAAGCAAGGUGCCCAAGAGCUGGAGCUUCGGGGAGCGCGGCCGCGCGCGGCAGGCCUUCCGCGCCAGGGGCGCCGCUUCCCGGCAGAACUCGGAAGAAGCAAGUCUCCCAGGGGAGGACAUUGUGGACGACAACAAGAGCUGCAACUGCGAGUUUGUGACGGAGGAUCUGACCCCGGGCCUCAAAGUCAGCAUCAGGGCCGUGUGUGUCAUGCGGUUCCUGGUGUCCAAGCGCAAGUUCAAGGAGAGCCUACGGCCCUACGACGUGAUGGACGUGAUUGAGCAGUACUCGGCCGGCCACCUGGACAUGCUAUCCCGCAUCAAAAACCUGCAGUCCAGGAUAGAUAUGAUUGUGGGCCCCCCACCCCCUUCAACUCCCCGGCACAAGAAGUACCCCACCAAAGGACCCACGGCCCCUCCGAGAGAGUCACCCCAGUACUCACCUAGAGUGGACCAGAUCGUGGGGCGAGGCCCGGCCAUAGCGGACAAAGACCGAGGCAAGGGCCCGGCUGAGGCAGAGCUGCCCGAGGACCCCAGCAUGAUGGGACGGCUGGGGAAGGUGGAGAAGCAGGUCCUGUCCAUGGAGAAGAAGCUGGAUUUCCUGGUGAACAUCUACACGCAGCGCAUGGGCGUCCCCCCGACGGAGACCGAGGCCUACUUCGGGGCCAAGGAGCCGGAGCCGGCGCCGCCAUACCACAGCCCCGAGGACAGCCGGGACCACGGCGGCAGGAACGGCUGCAUCAUCAAGCUCAUCCGCUCCACCAGCUCCAUGGGCCAGAAGAACUUCUCGGCGCCCCCCGCCGCGCCCCCCGCCCAGUGCCCGCCCUCCACCUCGUGGCAGCAGCAGUGCCACCCGCGCCAGGGCCACGGCACCUCACCCGUGGGGGACCACGGCUCGCUGGUGCGCAUCCCGCCGCCACCCACCCACGAGCGGUCCCUGUCCGCCUACAGCGGGGGCCACCGGGCCAGCACGGAGCUCCUGAGGUCGGAGGACGGCCCGGCCUGCAGGCCCCACGAGGGCGCCCUGCGGGACAGCGACACGUCCAUCUCCAUCCCGUCCGUAGACCACGAGGAGCUGGAACGCUCCUUCAGCGGCUUCAGCAUCUCCCAGUCCAAGGAGAAUCUGGACGCCCUCAACAGCUGCUACGCCGCCGCCGCGCCGUGCGCCAAAGUCAGGCCCUACAUUGCGGAGGGCGAGUCGGACACGGACUCGGACCUCUGCACCCCGUGCGGGCCCCCGCCGCGCUCUGCCACGGGCGAGGGCCCCUUCGGCGAUAUGGGCUGGGCCGGGCCACGGAAGUGAGGCCGCCCGCCGGCCUGCCCCUGACUCCUGGCCUCCCGGGCUCGAGGCGGACCCUCCGGGGCCCUUUGCUUAGAGUAGCGCAGCGCGGGUGCCCGUGUGGGGUGCCGGGCAGACGCGGCCCUUGGUCUCGCACUGGAGGUCGGCAGAAAUUCUUCUCCAGCGAGGGGCAGCCCGGCUGGCCGUGCCCACUCUGCAGACUCUGCAGACUAUUGGCCUGGGCGUGACAGAGGCCGGGGUCAAGGCUGAGGACGGGCCCCUGGCGGCUGGGUCGAGGCGUGGGCUGGGAGCGGGGCCGGGUGAGGGUGGCAGCGAGGGGCAGGCCUGUCUUGUGAGGAUCAGUGGCCUUGAGGCCUGGGUGGGCGGUGGCUGGCCCCUCGGGCGUGGCUUGUCUCCGCCCCCCCUUCCUGUCCUGCCCCAUCUGUCUUGGGUGCCCACCCAGAGCUUCUGGUCAGUGUCGCCCUCCUUCCUGUGGGUUCUGAGUGUCCUGUGAUGGGAGCCGGCCCCAAGUCCAGUAUCCUGGCCUGCAGGGGGCAGGGGGGCGAGGCUUGGGACCACCCCAGAGCAGAGCAACCCUCAGACCUCCCGAACCUGGCUCUUGUGGGGAGGGGCCCGCUCCACAGGCUCCUGGAAGGGGGCUCUUGGGGGCUCCCUUCUGGAUGUGGAAGAUGGCGGGUGUGCCCCCGUGUCCUCUCCCCUCUGCCCUGGCCGGGUGCUGGUCACCAGGCUGUGGCCAGCACUGCUAUAUGGACCUGCCUGUGGGGAGAGGUGCUGGGAGGCUGGGGCACUGCCCCACACUGGGCUUGUGCUCUGGGGUCCUGGGCCGGGCUGGUCAUGGUGAGCAGAUGUGCACGCUGUCCUCCCCUGGGGACCCUGCCUUGCCUGUCUCCCAUCAGCCCCUGACGGGGCCCGGGCUGGACAGUGCCGCAGCCGUCGGGGAAAUCUUCAGUAGGGCGACCCCCGCCGUCCAGAGGCCAAGGCAGCUCUGUCUUGUAGGCGUCUCUCCUGUCCCCGCGGAGCUGACCGUCCCCCACCUGCUCUCCUCCACUCACCGGCCCCUUGGCUGUGACCUCUUGCUGUCUUGGAGUCAGAGCUGCCCAUCCCCACCCUGUAUCCUGGGAAGCAGUGGCCCCCGUCAUUCCUAUCCCGGGCACCUGGGUCUGUAUCCUGGGAAGCAGUGGCCCCCGUCAUUCCUAUCCUGGGCACCUGGGUCUGUGGGGCAGCAGCUCUGAGCUGGGAUUCCAGCCCCAGGAGGCGGAGUGGACCCUGUCCUGGGCCCCCAGCUGUCAGUGCGCGGGGGCGUCUGGCAUUUGGGGUGACACACGGUUCAGGGAGAGCCUCGCUGUCUCCUCAGGGUGCUUGUGUCCGUCCUGGUCAGUGAGGGAAUCCGCUUGCUCUCUGGGAAGGACUUUGAAAGCAACAUCACGUGCCCCUGGCUGUCAGGGUCCUGACGCUCUGAGAUCUCUGGGGAGCAGUGUCUGCAGUAGCCUCUGUGCAUGGCCCCCGCCCUCGCCAGGACACCCAGGGUCCCACCUGUGUGCACCUCUCUGCUGGGGCUGCUGGCCAGGCGGCUGGAGGGCGGGCUGGGCCUAGUGCAGGAGGAUCCAGGCUCGGAGUCGGAAACCGUGGUGUGCACUCAGGGCCGCAGCACGAGGAUAUCCCUCUCUUCCAGCCUCCCGGGAGGGGUUGGUCGUGGAACCUUCCAUGUGGCCCCACCGGCCCCCUCCGCCCGGCGUGUCUGCUCCGUGCCCCCUCUCUUGUUCUCGAAGGCAAUGUUUCUCCACCUCAGACCCUCAGUGGUGAGAAAAGCCCCUCCCAGUGUGGUACUCGGUGUGGCUGGUGUGAAGGGGCCCCGGCGAGUGGCCGCUCCUCUGCGUGAGGUCUGAGCCCGCCUUCGCCCUCCUGCCGUGGGAGAGGGAGGCCCCAGCUGCAGGCCCCUGGGCCAAGCACGUGCACAUCCUGCCCAGCCCAGCCCCUGCUCUCUGGCCCUGGGAGAGUCAGGUCAGGCCGCCAGCAGCACGGACCCUCCCCUGUCGGAUCUCGGUGGCCGUGGGUGCUCGACCCUACUGGGAGGGGCCCUUGGCCACUGGAGAGAGUUUUGUGUCCUGUCCCACACGCUCCCUGUGCCGUGGGCCCCUGGUGACGGGAGGUGCCGGCCCAGACAUACCUCUUGUCCCCAGAGCUGCUGAGCCGGACGCAGGCCCCAAGGCCACUGCUGGGAGGGUCUCCGAGGUUGCAGCAGGAGGGGUUGAGGCUAGACUGUCAGACGUGCUGCACUUAGCAAGGGGGCUAAGCUAGCAAGGGGGCUGUGGCGUCUCCUCUGUGAAAUCGCGGCCCCUUGGAAGACAGGAGACCCAUGUCUCCGCUUGAGGGACGGUUUGGGGGGGCAGUUUUGGGAGAUGAUGGAGUAGAGGCUCCUUCUCAGGGGCCCCCAGACCCCGGCCCAAACAGUGCGUGAUCCUCCCAGCGUCCAUCCACUGCCCCGGGGUCCCCACCUUCAAGAAGUGUAGAAGGAAAGAAGCCGGGCGCUUUGGGAAGUUGGCGUGCUUGGGCACGCAUGUGACUGCCGAGGACCCGCCCUGCUCCUCAGCAGGUGUGGCGAACGUUUCCCAGGACAAGCAUUUUAGUUACUAGAGCACGCGCCGCCCCCCAGCCCCUGACACACGCCUGUGCUGACACUCACGCCUGUGAACGUGCAGCACACACGCACGCACACAUACCGCACAUGCUGGCACACAGAGUCAUGCACAUGCAUUCUCACCCCCCCGCCGCACAUGCACACCCCAUGCACGCACGCUCACACACCCAUGUGCACACCCACACCCACGCACGCACGCUCACACACCCAUGGGCGCACGCUCACAUCCCCCCACGCACGCACUCACACCCACGUGCGCGCACACACGUGCGCACACACCCCACACCCACGUGCGCACACUCACACCCACCCACACACCCACGCGUGCACACUCACACACCCACGCACACCCACUCACACAUCCACGCGCGCACAUACCCCCACAUGCGCACACACGCACGCUCACCCCCCCACGCACGCUCACACACCCACGUGUGCAGACACGUCGUCUGGCUCUGUGGCUCUGCCUGCUUUAAGCAGAGGAAUUAACGACUCUGGAGUUGCAGACAGUCCUGGGACGUUGAUCCCUGGGUCGCGGUUCCAGCUGUCCCAGGCCUCCGGGCAGUACCGGACACGGUCCACUCGAGCCCAUCCAGGUCCCCCCCGCCCCCCCCCUCAGCUGCCCUGGAGGCCGUGCAGGACGUCGGGUCAGCCAGAGACCAAGAGGUCCUGGCGUCCGCGGGCGUCCAGCUGUGACGCGGGGGCUCUGGCGCCUCCGUCUGCCCUCCUCAGCCAUGUGGCCCGGCCCCGGCCCCCUCUCCUUUCUCUGGCCCAACACCCCCUUCUUCUGUCUGCGUGACAGCGUGAGCUGUGACUGUCCUGGAGGAUGGAGGGACCUCAGCCAGGUGGCAGGGAGCUCCCUUCCGGGCCUGCCUGCCCGGCCCUUCCCCGUGGGAGACCACAGCGGCCCCACCUUCCUUUGGGGGUACUUGCCUGUGAGUCUGCAUCACGAGGGCCCCCCGGUGGGCCUGUAAUCGCCACGUGCAGCCCAGAGCAGAGGCACCGGCCAGGCGGCCGCUCACGGCUUUCACAGGUUGGUUGGUUUUAACUUCUCCAUUCCCUGGGCUUGUCCCCCGGUGGCCACUGAUCUGAGACGUAAACACGGGAGAGACGGGGGAAGCGUCCUGUUUUCUUCUGCUCCCCGCCCCGUGAGGCAGACGCCCCCGUCCGUGCUGUUUGUGGACAGAACGAGGCCCUGGGACAUCUCUGGAUGCUUCCGAAGGCCUGAAGGGUGGAGGCUGCGGGGAGGCCUUUGUAGGAAGCUUGUUUGUACUAUUUCACACUCGCCCCAAACGUAAAGAAGGUGCUGGGCGCUCGUGGAGGCAUCUGGCCCGGAUUUCCCGCUGCGAAGUCAAGAUUGGAUCUGCCCCCCCCGUCAGACCCUUGAAUAAGCAAGGUGUGAAGAGGGCUGGUUUGGCGGUAAGGACCCACCUGGAGGGUUUGGUGCACCUGCACCCAGGGAGUUCUGCACAGCAGGAGGGGCUUCGUGACCCCGUAACCCCCAGUGCACACUGGUUCCCGAUCAAACACUCCCUCCCUGGCCGGCGCUGUCCUGCGUGGUCCUCAGCUGCCCUCAGCAGUGGUGUGGACAGCCCUGCUCUCUGAGACCCCUGAGCAGACCUCCAGGCCGCCUGCUUGGAUACACGGACGUUCGGUGUGGGGCAGGGGGGCUGGGCUGCCUGCUUGUGGUGCCCAGGGGAGCCUGCGUGGCUGUCCCAGGACAGCUGCCUCCUGCGUUCCCGCCCCCAGGGGCGGGCUCCACUAGGGCCGCUCGCCACCAAGUGCCAAGUGGGAGAGACAACUAGAGAGAGCUUCCUGAAGGAGGCGGUGUGCUGGGAUCAGGGGCUCAUGCCUGCCUUCUCUCCAAGGGAUCUGGGAGAGCUGCUACGCAGGCCCGGACACUGUAGCCCCUGGAACCUGCCCCCCCUGAGUGGGUCCCACAGUUGGCUGAAUUCUGCUGUCUUGUAAGGGGUGGGGGCUGGCGGCAGACACCAGAGGAGGGGAUGCUGGGGAGAGGGGAGCUUAGGAAGCCGGUAGAGAGGAUGAGAAAGAGAUGCCCUCUGGGUCGGAGGAGGAGUUGGGUGGUCUCUUGUCUUGGACACUUGCAUGGGUGCCCCCGCCCGACAGAGGUGUGGCUGGAUGGCCCUGUCCAGAGACGCCCUCGGGACGGGCAGAUCAGGUGCCAGGAGAGGAGGGGACCCUCAUGGGGGGUUGUCCUCCGUCCUGGGGUUUCCAGGUGGGCGAGCGGACUUUGCCACAUGCCGCACGUGCAGCUCUGACUGGGUUUCAUAAAGUUCUUGCCUUAAUGCACGUUGAUGAAAAUUCACCAGGGUCACCCCCUGCCCCCUUGGCGUCCUCCAGGCACCGACACAGAACCCCGCUGCCUGUCUCCAUUCAGGAUCUGCAGGACCAUGUCCAUAGCUAGCGCAGCGUGGGCAGCGGGCCUCACGGCAUCACUCCUGCAGGGGCCCAGCCCACCCGCCCGCCCGGGGGUCCCUGUGCCCCCAUCCCACGCCGUCCUCACAGCCAUCGCCCGCCCUCCGGCCGCAAGGCGGCUGCAGUCCCCGACCUGCGCUGUUGCUUUGGCUGUCUUUGCACUUUUGUUCACGUUCACGCUCCAAAGAAUAUGUCAUGAUGCCUUCAGUGCUGACGAGCACCGUCUCACCAAGUCCCUGCAGCACAGCCGGGCCUCUUCUCCUGGGCGUGUCACACACACCCCUCCCGUGACAGGUGACGUGUGCGCUGUCCGUUUUCUAGGGACAGACGCCCAGGGAAAGAACUCUAGUUUUCUAUGGACCAGCCGAGAUUCUCACUCCACUCACUGUCAGGUUGACACUUGUGCCGCCAGGAGGGCCCAGUGCGGGUCUGCCCGGGGACUGCAGGUGUGGAAUCUGGCGGCAGGGACACAUGUGGAAAGUUCUGGAAAGCUCUACCGCCACGGGGACGAGUUUGGAUGCCCAGUGGACCUGUGCACUUAGUAAAACACAGUGAUUCAACCUG